AGCUGACGGCGAAGAAACGUGCUGAACAACUUUUGUUUAUGAAGCCAUUAUUGUAAAAACACUGCUUGGGUUUUGCAACGUAAAUAAGCAAAUCAAGAGAUGGUACAAGAACCAGAAAGUGGUUGUAUAUCUUUGCCACAGAAGCGGUAUUACCGACAAAGAGCACAUUCAAACCCAAUUGCAGACCAUUGUUUUGACUAUCCAGCUCAUCCGAAUGAUGUUAAUUGGAAAGAGUUGUAUCCAAACGUAGCGGACAAUCAAUAUGUAGAAUUCGCGGACAUUGGCUGCGGUUAUGGUGGGUUUCUUGUCACUCUUGGGGAAAUGUAUCCUGAUCGGUUAGCAAUAGGACUGGAAAUUCGAGUUAAAGUUUCAGACUAUGUCAUGGAUCGCAUCAAAGCACUGCGUACUCUCCAUGCGGGGAAAUAUAACAACAUUGCCUGCUUACGUACAAAUGCCAUGAAAUAUUUACCCAACUAUUUCCGCAAGGCGCAGUUAGACAAAAUGUUUUUCUUGUAUCCAGAUCCACAUUUCAAGCGCGCCAAGCACAAGUGGCGCAUCAUAAACCAGGCUCUACUCUCAGAAUACGCGUAUGUAUUACGAAAGGGUGGACUUGUUUACACAAUGACGGAUGUUGAAGAUCUUCAUAAAUGGAUUGUACAGCACAUGUUACAACACCCUCUGUACGAGCGGCUAACAAAUGAUGAAGAGAACGCCGAUCCAAUUACACCAAAGUUGUAUCAGAGCAGCGAAGAAGGUGCAAAGGUUGUGCGUAAUAAAGGGGCCCAUUUUUUGGCAAUUUUUAGACGAAUUUAGGAUUCUAUUAAACAUUUUCCAAUUAAGAAACACAUUUCAA